UCCAAAGCAGACGACCAAUGAGCUUUCAGGGAAUCGUGCCUCGCGCUCCGUCCCGUGGCUCUCCGAGAGCCAUUUUGAGCGCUGGCCGCUGCCCUUCCCGGCCGCCCAGUCCCCGCCUCAUGCUGCGCCGGGCGCUGGCUGCUUUGGCCGUGGGCUGGGCGGCCGCCUGGGUGGCGGCUCGCGGCUUCGCUCGCUGGUGGUGGCCGGGGCAGGAUGGCAACGGAGCGCCGGUCCUAAGCGCCGCCGAGCUGAGCCGCUACACGGGCACCGAGGGAAGCCCGGGACUCUACCUGGCUGUGUUGGGGCAGGUUUUCGACGUGCAGCAGGGGCGCAGGCAUUAUGGCCCCGGAGGCGCUUACAGCUUCUUCUCAGGGAAAGAUGCCUCCAGAGCUUUUGCCACAGGUGACUUCACCCCAGCUGGCCUGGUGGAUGAUGUUUCAGGAUUGUCACCACCACAGAUGCUGGCCAUCCAGAACUGGCUUGCCUUCUACAAUAAGAAUUAUGUGCACAUUGGCAAAGUAGCCGGACAAUUUUAUCAAGAAAAUGGGGUACCUACCAAGGUUUUGGAGGAGGCCCAAGCUCUCAUUAAAGAAGGGGAGAAGCUGCAGGCCCAGGAGGUUGAGAGAAAGAACCAAUUUCCACCUUGUAACUCGGAAUGGAGCUCAGCCAGAGGAAGCAGGGUCUGGUGUUCCAAGCAGAGUGGGGGGAUCAGCCGAGAAUGGUCUGGCGUACCUAGGAAGCUAUAUGAACCUGGAUCCAGUCGCAGCUAUUGUGUUUGCAUAAAGACAGAAGAGCUGUUUCCUGGGCAAGUGGCCUCCACCCAGCUAAGCAACCAAGGAAAGCUGAACAAUCCCAACCUGCAGGAAUAUGAAGGAUGUCACCCACUUUCGGAAUGGUGUGCUUUAAGAGAAUGAGUCAACUGUACCUCUCUGGAGAAACACUUCUACAUGGUCCAGCUGAAGUCAUCUUCCAUACCUGUGCUUGAAGUGGAGAACAAGCAGAAUGCGGAAACUGAUCAACAACUGAGGUUGUGCAGAAGGAAGGGAAGGGAUCUAAGCUCGGGCACUUGUCUUUUUACAAUUGGAAAAGCUGAUUUGCCAUUAAGGUUUAUAAACAUUUAGAAUUGGUAUUUCUAAUAGAUCACCUUGGAAGAUGGGAAACCCAGGACACGUGAAGGCAUGAAAAUUAGCAAUGCUCAUAAGCUGCUUCCAAAGUUUCAGAAAGUUGCACUUUGCACUGUUCCCCUAAGGCAAAUCAAGCACUUUCCCUCUCCCACUUCCUCUGAAACAAAGAAGCCAAGCUCCCCGGAGAGUUCAAAUACCAAAUCCUUGAUGCCAUGGCCAAGGCCAACACAGGUGAAAGAAUCUCUGGCAGUUGAUUUACAGCUCCAUAACCCUCUUUAGAAAUACUGUUACACUCCAGUCUGAAUUCUCACAUUCUUUCAAAACGUUUAUCGUUAGCUAAUUUGCAUCAUAUAAUGCAGUCUGCAGAUCAAAAUAUACCAAGGAGGAAAUAGUUCAGCAUUGGCACAAUGAGCGGUCAAGCAACCGCUCCCAAGACCACGCUGAAGAUGUCACUUAACAAACUGGAGAAAGUGCAGACAGUGUCCUCCCCAUCUCCCCUUCCCUUCAACAGUAAUUACACUGUUUAGGUCUCACAAGCCAGAUGCUGAUGAAACUUGCUGGACCUCAAGACAAUCAACAGAACUGUAAUUUUUACCCCUAGAAAGUGAGCGUAAGACCACAAGUUCAGAUCAUUAGAACAAAUUAAUGCCGUAGCCAAUUUACAGUCUACCAUUAGUACAGUGUUACAGAAACAAGUGAAGCUGUGUUACACUCAUACGUUGACUAGCAACAGCAUUUUUCUUUAAAAAAAAAAAACUAAUUUGGGGCCAGUCAGUAGAAUAGGCUCAGACACAAGUGUUUUUAUUAAAAGUGCUUUACAAUUAUUUAUUUUGUGCAACCCACCAAGUCCAUUUCAAAUUCAAACACGCUGCCCAAGAAGAGUCUCGUAACAGGGGAAUUCCACGGUCUAAUUGAUACUGAGGGAGGCCUGCUUGUUUUUUGGCAUCUUGAUGAUCAAUCAUAUAUACAAUUUACAACCUGGAGGUUACAUAAUGUACAUAAUGCCAGUGCAGAAAUACAGUGACGUGUCUGUGAAAGGAAACUUUCAAAAUAUAUCAGAGUCACCAAGGCCAGCUGAAAAGCUAGCAUUUGCUGUGCUUCCACCUACUUUUGGCCAGAUGACUGAAGUGUGGUGAGGUGAAAUGUUUGCAUUUUGUGGCAUAUUCCCAUUCAUCUACCAAAACAAGCUGCCUGCACGCAGCCUCACAAAAUAGCUUAUUUCUUUGAGGGGAAUAGAGAUUACACUGAUUAUAGGUUAAAUGACAAGGGUUCAUUCUUUUGAAGCAGAUAGAUACAAGCAGGAGUCCUAGAGAGGGGCAGAUAAUUAUUACAGAUCCCCUAAUCAUCACUGCAUGUAACUGAAGGCAGAAUUCCAGUUUUUCACCCAAGAGAGAUCAGAAGGGCCAAGCAGCAAACUGGGAUCCAAUUUGAAAUGUAGUAUUGACUUCUUCUCCCUAAGUUUCCUCCUCCUCCAUUCCCCCAAGAUCUUGCUUAACAUAUAAAGCUGUUAUGUCCUUCAAAUCACAGAAAUAUAAAAAAGUAGCACUCUGUUUUGUGUGUGUGUGUGUGUGUCUACACCCACCCAUGUGGUAACAUUACAGGACACAUUAGUAUUCCAGAAAGGGGGGAGAGUGCAAUUUUUAGUUGGUUAAUAUUUUUUUCUUCCCCUUACAUACAUACAGACACUAAAAAGUAGUGGUUACUGAAGGUAAGAGUGACACGCAUUUCAAUUAACCCAUUCACAAAGCAGCAAUGGAAGGCCUGCUAAUCUUCCAGGGUUUGGUUCUGUUUAUAAGGAUGCACCUACCCACCCCAAUCCUCUACACUUAAAUACAUGGUGGUUUGAACCCAGGGACCCUUUUUGCUGUAUUAAACAUACGACAAAAAGUCCCUUGUAUUUAUGCCAAGAUAUUUUAGAAGGGACCUGCUGUGGCAUCCGGCAACAAUAAAAUGUCCUUGGCCGCCAAGGAAAGAGGCCCACAGGAGACAAGACUGUAAGUCAAUACUAUUUUACCUGGUUCGAGACAGGCAUCUCCAUGUGGAUGGACCUGAUGUGGAGCCGCCACAAUCAUCUUUAUGGACAAGGGGUUUGUAAGAAGCCACCUUGGGCUGUCUAAGAUUUAUGGACAGAGAUGACCAGCUCCAAAGGGUCACUGCCUUGCAAUUGGUUGCUCUGCUGGCACUAUUCUACCUCUCCCUGUCUUGGCAUCUUGGCAUCUAGCCGUCUUCAGAUUCUCCACAGUAGCACCACCACUGCGUGCUGGGUUAGUCCCACAGCGUUAGACCUUCCUCCAACAUCACUGUAAACAUUAAGACUAUUUGCAAAGUUUUUGAUACAUUACUGAAAGACAGCCAAGAUUAUUAUUA